AUGCAGUCCAUCCCAGAUGCUCGCCAUCAGACCUUUGAGGAGAUCUACGGACCACCGGAGAACUUCCUCGAGAUCGAAGUCCGCAACCCCCAAACCCACGGCACAUCCCGCUCAAUGUACACAUCCUACGAAAUCGUCUGUCGAACCAACAUCCCCGCCUUCAAACUUAAACAAUCCGUCGUGCGGCGCCGAUAUUCUGAUUUCGAAUACUUUCGCGAUAUCCUGGAGCGCGAAUCUUCGCGUGUGACUAUCCCCCCUUUGCCGGGAAAGGUGUUUACAAAUCGGUUUAGUGAUGAAGUGAUUGAGCAUAGGAGGGAAGGGUUGCAGCGGUUUCUGCAGAUCGUGGCGGGCCAUCCGUUGUUGCAGACGGGGAGCAAAGUGCUGGCUAGUUUUAUUCAGGAUCCAAAUUGGGAUCGAAAUGCAUGGUAA